GGGAAAGGACUGGGGAAGGGAAGGGAACAAGGACAGCUUGCAAUAGACAGGGUGCGGGCCAGAUGCGGAGAAUGCCAAGCCUGCUCUAUCUUGGUCGGAGAAAUAUUCCUCCUGGCUGAAUUUCUUCCUUGGUUACGCUUCAUCUUGAGGUGUAUUGAUUUGGACGAUAUACAGACACUCUCAUCGCGUCCAGUCGUCAACAUGGUCUUCCUCCUAGGAGUCAACUUCCCCGAGCGGAGUCUCGUCAAGAAAUCCCUCGAAUCCUUCUUCGGCAUCGGCCACAACACCUCCUCCCGUCUCCUCGCCCGCUUCUACAUCCACCCCACCUGCAAAGUCGGCGAGCUCGCCAACAAGCAAGUCCUCGACAUCACCGCCGCCCUCUCCGACAUGAAGAUCGAGAACGAUCUCCGGAGAUCCGUCCUCGAUAAUAUCAAGCGGCUCAAGGAGACGGGCACUUAUCGUGGGAGACGGCAUGCGCUGGGCUUGCCGGUGAGGGGGCAGCGGACGAGAAGCCAGAUCCAAAACGCGGUCAAGCUCAACCGUAUCGACAGGAGACUUUGAGCUGUCUGUCUGUCUGGUGCUGGCAUUGUUCCCUCCUAUGGUUGACCUUUAUGAGGGCGUGGAAUGGCGUUGAUCUUUUAUCUCUGUACUUAUGUUUUGUUUCGCUUUUUUCUUUUCGUGGAAUGUACUAUAUGUAGAUAUUGAAUCUAUCAAUCAAUAACGGAUACCACAUCUGAC